AUGCGUGAUAUGUUACCUGAAAGUGAACGUCAAGAUACAUUACUUCUUCAAGUUCUUGAAGAUCGUGGUUUAGCAUAUUUAUGUUCACAUUUAAAAUUACGUGUUGAUUUACUUAAUAAACUUUCAUUACCAUCAAUGGAUUCAAAUGAAUUUUUAUUAUUUGUUGAUAAUCAAACAAAAAUCUAUGAUAAAAAUACACAAACAUUUAUUCAAACAUUAGUUUCAUGUAUAUAUGAAACAGCUAUAUCAACAACAUUAACAUCAACAAAAACUGAUAAAACAAUAUUAAAUCAAGAAAAAAUUUUUAUUGAAAAUCAUCGACAAUGUUUACAAACAUAUAUUAAAACAAUUGAACAACAAGUUUGGGCAUUAUAUGCAUUACAAUUAAUUGGAUAUAAAAAUAAUUUUCCAAAAGAAUUAUUAUUACGUUUAUUUGUUUAUUCAUAUGAUUUAGAUAUAAUUGAAGAAGAUGCUUAUUUUAAAUGGAAAGAAGAUAUUAAUGAUGAUAUACCUGGUAAAGGUAAAGCAUUAUUUCAAGUUAGUAAAUGGUUACAAUGGCUUGAACAUGCAAGUGAAGAAUCGGAUGAUGAUGAUAAUAGAAAAUCUCAUGAAAUUAUAUUGAAUGAUAAAGAAAACGGUCAUGAUCAGAAGGAUAUAGAACAAGAACAAAAUGCAUGA